AAGGAGAUGAGUGAACUGUCUGACCGCCACAUAAAUGUGCAGCUGCAAUUGGACAAUGUCAGGUUGGAGCAUGAAAGUUUGUUGGAGGAGAAGCGAUCUCUUCAAGAUAGUUAUGAUAACUUGGAAGAAGUUAUGAAGUUUGAAUCCGAUCAACUAAAACAAGAGCUUUCUGACAGCAAACGUGAGAAUGAAACCGUGAAAGCUGAACUUUGUAAUCUUUUGGAGCUUUUGGAGACUGAAAAAGAACACCGACAAAACUUGAAAUCUCAACUGGAAGAAGACAAAGAAAACAAGUCUAAAGAGCUCCUGAAAGUUUUGGAAGAGAAUGUGAUCCUCAAAAAACAGUGCUCUGAG